AACCGGUGUUUGAACGACCAGAACUGAUCAUCAUCAUCAGCAGCAGUAGAUAGGUGUAUAGGUGGGAGCUGAGCAGGAGUUGAAGCCAGGAUGAGGUAUGGUCUUCAACUAUUCUGUGCUUGGACUACUACUCGGGAUUUUGGCCAGUGAUCCACACCUUUUUGUAAAAUGUUUUGAGAACGUUUUUCAUGUGCAUACUAGCUUCUGAUG